GUUACUUCCUGUCUGUCAAGUCAAGGGGUGACUGCAAGGGCUUUAGUUGGGUAUCGUGUCGGAGAAGAGUGUGUGUAGCAAGAAACAACUUGAAAAGAUGUUUAUUCUCUCGUCAGUUUAUCGUACCCUUGUAGCAAUAGGAGACCGACACGUUCCUACCAAAUUUAGGCCCUUGUGGGAGCACCCAGCAGGUCCCAAGACUGUUCACUUUUGGGCCCCAGGAAUAAAAUGGGCAUUGGUUAUCGCUGGCCUUGGUGACCUUAGCCGCCCGGCUGAGAAACUGAGUAUUUACCAGUCUACAGCGUUGGCAGCCACAGGAACCAUCUGGGCCCGCUACUCUCUGAUCAUCAUCCCGAAGAACAUCAGUCUCUUCACGGUCAACGUCUUCGUGGGCCUCACAGGCUACAUGCAACUGGCCAGAGCUCUCCACUAUCGCUACACACACCAGAAAGCAAUCGAGGCUGGUGCCAACACUUCGUCCUAAGAUGCGACUACUGUGAUGUGAUGACACCAAGUUGGUUGUGGCCUUCUUUUGUGUAAAAGCUAACCGCCGACUUUGUUGAGGAGGCUUGCACUGUUCUCUUGUGCUGACUCACGGUGCGGUGCGAGCACCCUAUGGCUGGUGCUUUAUUUGUGUGAAUUAUGUGUGAGCUUAAUCAACCGGGUGUCAAAUACAAAAUACCUGAAAGAAGAAAGAAAGAAAAUACAGCAGCAUUACACGAGAUUUUAAGUUAUUAUUAGUGAAGUAUUAUAGGUUGUCUUGAUGUGCAGAAGGGACCACCUCUUACUUUAAGGGUGUUAUAGAUUUAGGUAGUGUGAAUACUCUCUCUGUUGCCAGUUGGUGAGAAUCUCCUUUCUUUACUUUUUUCUUUUUUUUAAACUUACUUUUACUUUACUUUUUCGUCCCCUGUUGUCGCCAAGUGUCAAGGGGAGAUGCAGUUGUCUGUGGUAAGUCAACUGCAGCUCUGCUGUCAAAAUUGAGAUGUUGUAGUUUCUCAGGGUUCGCUUGACUCCUGCAGUCCCAUCUUUUGCAUAGUCUACCUCUUCCGUUGUGGCCUGAGUAUUUGGUGUUUUAUAGGCCCUUGAGGCUGGCUACUUUUUAUUUUUUAAAAUAAGUUACAGAAAAUGUUUUGUGGAUAAUGUUGUUGCUAUGCGUAGUUCUGGUUUAGCUGGGCAAAUUGGGGUUUUGUUUUACUACUUCUAUGAUGGAUUUGUUGUUUGUUGAGAGUCUGUUGUUUUCUUGGGAGUUACAGAGUAAACGCUCGCUGUGCCAUGGGCUGUCAGGUUUCUACCUGCAUCCUCAGAAAAAAAAAUGUGCUUGUUUGCAAAUGUUGAAAUUUGUUGUUGAUCUGAAUUAGCAUGAUAAUUAGUUUUUAUUUGGUGGUUGGAUGAAGAGAGUAACAGCCUCUUUCUAUCAUCUUUUUCUUUUCUGUUUCUGUCUAUCCUCACAUUCUUCUCUAAGACCACGGUUGAAGUUUUUAAUUUAUUUGAUGUGCUACAUUUAUCCAGUUUGUUUGUGGUUGAUUUGUUUUCUCAGCUCAAAUAAUGUUUUAUUAGCAGCAAAUGUGCUGUCAAUAUCGGAGAGGUUGUUGGGAUUUCAUGUUUCUAUACUUCUAACAGGUGUAUGAAGUGCCAAAUGUGAUAUUUGACCCUAUGUUGAAAAGUUGCUUUUUAGACUUAACAGAAUGGUACAUUCACUGCAGUUUAUUUCAUGUCGUCAAAAUUAUUAUAACUUAUGUUUGAUCUCGUUACUGUAGGGUUAUUUUAAUAGAAUUUGUUUUAUUGGGUUUUUGAACAGAUAAUUAUCCGAGAGUUUGAUUUCAUUUAUUAACGCCUACUUCCAGUUCUUCUCCACUAGUGAGAGCAAAGUUUUGUCAUUUCCUAAAAAGACUGGCCCAAUUAAAAAGGUCAUGGAUGUAUUGUGGAACAUACUUACAUUAAUCAGGUCUCUAACAACUGUAUCGUAACAUAGCUUUUUGUAAUCGACUUCUAACAACGGACUUGUUCCAGCUGGAUAGUGAUGUAAAAAUAUCCUGCCUCUUGUCAUGAAAUGAAUUUGCAGCCGGAUAUGACAUCAUUUACAAAUUUAAUCAAUUUUUUUUUUAAGCUAGGCGUUUUGUCUUUAAUAACUAAUUUUGAUUGUUUUCUUUAGACAUUGUUUUCUUCAGAUUUUUGCUGGGAGGGGUUUUUUUGUUGGGUUUUUUUUUUUCUUAUAGAAUUUUUUUUCUGUGACUUCAUGACAUGACAGUUAUUUACACUUAUUUCAUCGAGCUCUAGAGAUGUCUUAUGAAGCUGCAGUUGUUUUUGGACGAGAUUGUUCCCAGCGCUGCGUUGAAGCGACGCCAUGACACUUGAUUACGCUGGUCACCGGUGACAUCCAGGCAGCUCCGGCUUACGUUUUCGGAAUCUGUUUUCGAUUUGUGCCAGUUGUCAAAACUGUUUGGGGAUUUAUUUAGAAAAGAGGUAGCUGAAAGUGGAUAGUGCAUUAUUUUUAGUUUUAAGAGUGUGUCUGUAAUUUGUAAGCUGAAGGAGAUGGACGUGUGUAAACUACUUGUAGGUGAAUUAGAAUUGAGACAGAACGGCUGCAGGUCCUCAUGUACUGCUUGAAGAUCUCCACAACAUAGAAAGUCUUGUGUGAAAUAUCUCCACAAAUGCUAGACUCUGUCCUCAAUUGUCGCCCCUCAACUAACUAUGUGCUAUAUUGUCAUUGACAGAUUUAACUAGUAUCUGUGGUGUAUCGGUUAGGCCAUUGCAUUCACUCUCCACAGGAGACCUGAAUUCGAUUCCUGAGCGGGGAAGAAAUUUUUAUUCAGAAUCUCGUCCUAAAUGAUCUAAGAUAUGUGUUGAUGAGGGUGUUAAAAAAAUCCACAUUUAAAAAAACAAAAACCUGACAAUUUUGGCUGAGAGGCUCCGAGGAGUUGUUGAACAAACAUGAGAUACAAGGAGGCUCCUUGAAAAAAACUGCACUCUUUUUAAUGGGUCAGGGCUACAGAUCUGUCUAUAACUCGUCCUGUGACAGUUUCCCUUGCGGAAAGAGAAACUGAGACAAUAGACAAAGCUUGUGAAACCUAUCAUUAACAAACCAUAUCACUGACUUUUUAUUAAUGUUAGUCUCAACUUUUCUUUAAAUGAAAUACAUGAAUGUAUUGUUUUUCCUGAAAACUCCCAUGUAUGAUAUCUUGGUGCGUAUAUUAUUACUCUCUGCAAGACGUACUGUUGUUAUAAAAUUUGCUUUGGAAUUUAAAUACUCCUGAAUUGAAUUACACAAGUAACUGCCGCCCAAGUGGAAAUAAAUAAUUUACAUACUCACUGAA